AUGCCCCGCGUUCUACGGAUCUCAACAACUCUUUGCGUCGCCCCUCUCCAUCUUCCCAUUACACACACAACCUCCUCUGCAUUGCUCUUGGUGACCGAUAGUGCAAACGCCAACAUCUACUUUCAAGCCUUCGCCCUUAAUAACGGUGCUUAUCAAGACCUUUACACAGCCACACAAUGCCCAUAUCAAAGACGUCUUUUGACAAGUAUAAGACCUCGAAAGCGCCUCGCAAUUCUAACUCCAAUCCCGAAGAACAUCAUGAUCACCCAACUCACCUACCUAUAUCCCAUCCCUUUGUCAACAGCACAAGCCUACCAGCUUCUUUGGCGCUCCACAGCCCUAGCUCCAACAAAUUCGCGAAGAAAAAGGCACACGCUAUGUCUGCAGGAAUCUUCAGUGAACUGA